UGAGGUGUCCCAAAGCCUAAGGGGGCUGAGAGCGUUGGUCCCGCGUCCUGGACGCCACGUUUUCCUCCUUUUUGGUUUCGGUCCGCUCCUUUCCCGCGACCCGGCCUUGGGCCGCGCGUUUCUGGCCGCCAGCCCCGCGCGGAGGACAAGCCGGGUGACCGGGAAGAAAGCACGUGCUCGAGCGUUGUAGCCGCCGAGGGUGCGUCUGUCAUUCCCGCGCGGCGCCCAGGUCCUGUGGGGGCACCUCCCGCGCCGCGCGGGGUGCGCGCAAGGCCUGGGGCGCGGCGGGCUCUGGGGCCCUUGGCGUCCCCAGCGACCUGGGCCUCGGAGGCAGGCUCCCGGGCGCUGGCUGGCGUCGCUCUUGGCCGUCUCCUGUGUAGAGCGCGACUUCCCGGCUUUGCCCCUGGCCUGAGGAGGAGGAGACUCGGCGGCAUGUCACCCGCGCUGCCGGAGCUGACGCCUUCCGGUGUGAAGAAAACCCUGCAGAAUGAGAUCGAAGCCAUUCUACGGGAGCGGAUUAUGGUGCUGGAUGGAGGGAUGGGCACCAUGAUCCAGCAGCAUAAGCUAAGUGAAGAAGACUUCCGAGGUCACGAAUUUAAAGAUCACGCCAGGCCACUAAAAGGCAACAAUGACAUUUUAAGUGUAACUCAACCCAAUGUCAUUUACCAAAUCCAUAAGGACUACUUGCUGGCUGGAGCAGAUAUCAUUGAAACAAAUACUUUCAGCAGCACUAAUAUUGCCCAAGCUGAUUAUGGCCUCGAACACUUGGCCUACCGGAUGAACAAGUGCUCUGCGGCAGUGGCCCGGAAAGCCGCCGAGGAGGUCUCUGUUCAGACAGGAAUUAAGAGGUUUGUGGCAGGAGCUCUGGGUCCAACUAAUAAGACCCUCUCGGUGUCCCCAUCAGUGGAAAGACCAGAUUACAGGAACAUUACAUUUGACGAGCUUGUUGAAGCAUACAAAGAGCAGGCCCAAGGGCUCCUGGAUGGCGGGGUUGAUAUCCUACUCAUUGAAACUAUUUUUGAUACCGCCAAUGCCAAGGCAGCCUUGUUUGCACUGCAGCUACUUUUUGAAGAGGAGUAUCCCCCCCGGCCUAUCUUUAUUUCAGGGACAAUUAUCGAUAAAAGUGGGCGAACUCUUUCUGGACAGACAGGAGAGGCAUUUGUCAUCAGUGUGUCUCAUGCAGACCCACUCUGCAUUGGAUUAAACUGUGCCCUGGGUGCAGCUGAAAUGAGACCUUUUAUUGAAACAAUUGGAAAAUGUACAACAGCCUAUGUCCUCUGUUAUCCCAAUGCAGGUCUUCCCAACACUUUCGGUGGCUAUGAUGAAACUCCGCACAUGAUGGCCACACAGCUAAAGAGCUUUGCUGCGGACGGCUUGGUCAAUGUAGUGGGUGGAUGCUGCGGGACAACACCAGACCAUAUCAGGGAAAUUGCCAAAGCUGUGAAAAAUUGUAAGCCUAGAGUUCCACCUGCCACUGUUUUUGAAGAGCAUAUGUUACUCUCUGGUCUAGAGCCCUUCAGGAUUGGACCGUACACCAACUUUGUUAACAUUGGAGAGCGCUGUAACGUGGCAGGAUCCAGGAAGUUUGCUAAACUCAUCAUGGCAGGAAACUAUGAAGAGGCUCUGAGCAUUGCCAAACUGCAGGUGGAAAUGGGAGCCCAGGUGCUGGAUAUCAACAUGGAUGAUGGGAUGCUGGAUGGUACAAGCGCAAUGACCAGAUUUUGCAACUUUAUUGCUUCUGAGCCUGACAUUGCCAAGGUACCCUUGUGCAUCGACUCCUCCAAUUUUGCUGUGAUUGAAGCCGGGUUGAAAUGCUGCCAAGGGAAGUGCAUUGUCAACAGCAUCAGUCUGAAGGAGGGCGAGGGUGACUUCCUGGAGAAGGCUAGAAAGAUUAAGAAGUUUGGAGCUGCAGUGGUGGUCAUGGCGUUUGAUGAAGAAGGGCAGGCGACAGAAACGGAGGCCAAAAUCAGAGUGUGCAUCCGGGCCUACCAUCUACUUGUGAAAAAACUGGGCUUUAAUCCAAAUGACAUCAUCUUUGACCCUAAUAUCCUCACCAUUGGUACUGGGAUGGAAGAACAUAACUUGUACGCUGUUAAUUUUAUCCAUGCAACAAAAAUCAUUAAAGAAAAAUUACCUGGAGCCAGAGUAAGUGGAGGUCUUUCCAACCUGUCCUUCUCCUUCCGUGGAAUGGAAGCCAUUCGAGAGGCCAUGCAUGGGGUGUUCCUUUACCAUGCAAUCAAGUUUGGUAUGGACAUGGGGAUAGUGAAUGCUGGAAGCCUCCCCGUCUAUGAUGACAUCCAUAAGGAACUUCUCCAGCUCUGUGAAGAUCUCAUCUGGAAUAAAGACCCUGAGGCCACUGAGAAGCUCUUACGCUAUGCACAGACUCAUGGCAAAGGAGGGAAGAAAGUUAUCCAGACUGACGAGUGGAGGAAUGGCCCCAUUGAAGAGCGCCUCGAGUAUGCCCUUGUGAAGGGUAUUGAAAAACAUAUUAUUGAGGAUACUGAAGAAGCCAGGUUAAACCAGGAAAAAUAUCCCCGGCCUCUGAAUAUAAUUGAAGGACCUCUCAUGAACGGCAUGAAAGUUGUCGGUGACCUUUUUGGAGCUGGAAAAAUGUUUCUACCUCAGGUUAUAAAGUCAGCUCGAGUCAUGAAGAAGGCUGUUGGCCACCUUAUUCCUUUCAUGGAAAAAGAAAGAGAAGAAAAUAAAAUGCAUGCUGGCACAGAAGAGGAAGAGGACCCCUACCAGGGCACCAUCGUGUUGGCCACCGUGAAGGGGGACGUGCACGACAUAGGCAAGAACAUAGUUGGCGUCGUCCUUGGCUGCAACAAUUUCAGAGUUAUUGAUUUAGGGGUCAUGACUCCCUGCGACAAGAUACUGAAAGCUGCUCUUGACCACAAAGCAGAUAUAAUUGGCUUGUCAGGACUCAUCACUCCUUCCCUGGAUGAAAUGAUUUUUGUUGCCAAGGAAAUGGAGAGGUUGGCUAUAAAGAUUCCAUUGUUGAUUGGAGGGGCAACCACAUCAAGGACCCAUACGGCAGUUAAAAUAGCUCCCAGAUACAGUGCGCCUGUGAUCCACGUCCUGGACGCGUCCAAGAGCGUGGUGGUGUGCUCUCAGCUAUUAGAUGAGAAUCUGAAGGAUGAAUAUUUUGAGGAGAUCUUAGAAGAAUAUGAAGAUAUCAGACAGGACCAUUAUGAGUCUCUCAAGGAGAGAAGAUACUUGACCUUAAGUCAGGCUAGAAACAACGGUUUCCAUAUGGACUGGCUGUCGGAGCCUCCUCCAGUGAAGCCCACAUUUCUUGGAACUCGGGUCUUUGAAGACUAUGACCUGCAGAAGCUGGUGGCCUACAUCGACUGGAAGCCUUUCUUUGAUGUCUGGCAGCUCCGUGGCAAGUACCCGAAUCGGAACUUUCCCAAGAUAUUUAAGGACAAAACCGUAGGUGAAGAGGCCAAAAAAGUCUAUGAUGAUGCCCAAACCAUGCUGACAGCACUGAUUGGUCAAAGGAAGCUCCGAGCCAGGGGCGUGGUUGGAUUCUGGCCCGCACAGAGCGUGGAAGAUGACAUCCACCUAUUUGCAGAGGAUGCGGUGCCCCAGACCGCAGAGCCCAUCGCCACCUUCCACGGGCUCCGGCAGCAGGCUGAGAAGGACGCCGCCAGCGCGGACCCCUACUACUGCCUCUCGGACUUCAUUGCACCCCUGCACUCGGGCGUCUGCGACUACCUGGGCAUGUUUGCCGUUGCCUGCUUCGGGGUGGAGGAGCUGAGCGGGGCCUACGAGCAGGAAUGUGAUGACUACAGCAGCAUCAUGGUCAAGGCUCUGGGAGACCGACUGGCCGAGGCCUUUGCAGAGGAGCUCCACGAGAGGGUCCGCAGGGAGCUGUGGGCGUACGGCAGCUGCGAGCAGCUGGACACUGCCGACCUGCGCAGGCUGCGCUACGAGGGCAUCCGCCCGGCCCCCGGCUACCCCAGCCAGCCCGACCACACUGAGAAGCUCACCAUGUGGAGGCUGGCUGACGUGGAGCGCUGCACGGGCAUUAGGUUAACAGAAUCAUUAGCAAUGACACCUGCUUCAGCGGUAUCCGGCCUCUACUUCUCCAAUUCCAAGUCCAAAUAUUUCGCAGUGGGGAAAAUUUCCAAGGAUCAGAUUGAGGAUUAUGCUUUGAGGAAGAACAUGUCUGUGGCCGAGGUUGAGAAAUGGCUGGGACCCAUCUUGGGAUACGAUACAGAGUAACUUCUAUUUAAAAAUCCUUCUCUGCACUUGAUGAUCCUCAAGGAAAUACGGUCUAGAGUGCCUUUAAAAACAGCAGCAACAGUAGCAGCAGACAAGCAGGCCUCGGUCCGUGACAUUUGCUUUGCCUCAGGGUUUGGAAGACUGACUGGUGGGACCUCGUGGAGGUGCAGGCCUUCCUGUGUCCUUGGAAAACCAGUGGCUCUUUUCCAGGGGACCUUGACUGAUGAGCAGCAAACAGAUCUGUCCGGUGGUGUCCCCAGUCCCUCAGGGACAGGGACAAGCUGGAGAUACAGGGCUUUUGCAUUUCAAAGCAGGACAGUUUGCUUUUUUCAUUUUUACCUUGGGUCUAGGAGGCCUCUUAUUUUUUUCCUUUUUCUUGGUCUCUUAGAAAAGAGCCUGAAGCUUGGCUGAAUUGAGAAAUGUAUGAAAAAUGUGACCGCUUGGCAAAAUCACACUGUGCCACUUGGGCAUCUUAAUGCAGAUGGUGGCAGUGGUAAACUGGCCCGGGACGGAGUGCGACUGUGCUCUGUCUGGAAGACCUCAUUUUCUAAAGUCGCAAUUCCAUGGGUAUGGAGUCCCCUUUGCAGAAGGCCAUUGACCCUCAGAAUCGCUCAGCCGUUUGCCCCAAUGUGGCCAAAUACAGCGGGUUCUCCCAGCA